AUGGUUGCCAACGACAAGCCCGCAGGUACCCUCCGAUAUGAGGAAAAGCCUGUCUAUACAACCUCCAACGGCUGCCCUGUUAACGAUCCUGAGAGUUCCCAGAGAGUUGGGCAAAAUGGCCCUCUUUUGCUGCAAGACUUCCAUUUGAUUGACCUGCUGGCCCAUUUCGACCGCGAACGUAUACCAGAGCGUGUCGUUCAUGCAAAGGGCGCAGGUGCUUAUGGUGAGUUCGAAGUAACCCAUGAUAUCAGUGAUCUAACUUCACUGGACAUGCUCAAUGACGUCGGAAAAAAGACCAAAUGCGUCGCUCGCUUUUCGACCGUUGGUGGAGAAAAGGGUUCGCCUGAUUCGGCACGAGAUCCUCGGGGCUUCUCUGUCAAGUUCUAUACCGAGGAGGGUAACUGGGACUGGGUUUUCAACAAUACCCCCAUUUUCUUCCUACGUGAUCCCUCGAAAUUUCCCAUUUUCAUCCAUACCCAAAAGCGAAAUCCACAGACGAAUCUGAAAGAUGCAACAAUGUUCUGGGACUACCUCUCCACUCACCAAGAGUCCGCCCACCAGGUCAUGCAUCUCUUCUCCGACCGUGGCACUCCAUACUCAUACCGCCACAUGAACGGUUAUUCAGGUCACACCUACAAACUAACCAAGCCUGACGGCACAUUCAACUACGUCCAAAUUCACUGCAAGACCGACCUUGGCAGCAAGACCUUUACCAAUGCUGAAGCGGGCAACAUGGCUGCGGAAAAUCCUGAUUGGCACACACAAGACCUCUUUAACUCCAUCCAAGACAGCGAUUACCCAAGCUGGACCUGCUAUCUCCAGGUCCUCAGCCCUGAACAAGCGGAGAAUUUCCGGUGGAACAUCUUCGAUUUGACCAAGGUUUGGCCGCAAAAAGAUGUUCCACUAAGGCCCUUUGGUCGAUUCACCCUCAACAGAAAUCCAGAGAAUUACUUCGCGGAGAUCGAGCAGGUGGCAUUUUCCCCUAGCCAUAUGGUUCCUGGCGUCGAACCUUCUGCAGACCCCGUCCUACAAUCGCGCCUUUUCUCAUAUCCAGACACCCACCGCCAUCGCCUCGGCGUGAACUAUCAGCAAAUCCCCGUCAACCAACCUCUCCGUGCAUUCAAUCCCUAUCAGCGUGACGGCAUAAUGGCAGUCAACGGCAACUACGGCGCUAACCCCAAUUACCCAUCCACCUACCGAAACAUGACAUACAAACCGGUGAAGCCUAGCCAAGAGCACGAGAAGUGGGCGGGUGCGGCAGUAGCCCAACAGCUCCCGGUCACUGAAGAGGACUUUGUGCAGCCAGCAAUGCUUUGGGAGGUGCUUGGGAAACAAGAAGGCCAGCAAGACAACUUCAUUGGCAAUGUUGCCGGGCAUCUAAGCGCGGCGAAGCCAGCCGUCCGGCAAAGGACUUAUGAAAUGUUCACCAAAAUAAACAAGGUCCUCGGCAAAAGGAUCGAGGAAGCUACUGACCCAUUAUCACGGCAUCCACAGAGCCAGGCUGCUGGCAAUGCCCAAGCGAGACUGUAG